AUUCAUCAUGAAGAUUGAAGAAAAUUCUCAAACCAAAUCGAAUGAAAAUGAAAAAUCUGAAAAGAGCAAAAAAUCCGCCAACGGUACCGUUGAUCCAAAGGAUAAAAUUCAACAAGAAGAGCUAAGUGAAGAGGACAAAGCAUUGCAAGAAGAAUUAGAAUUGUAUGUACAUCGUUUAAAAGAAUCGAAUGAAUCGCUUUACAAACCAGCUUUGGAAGCAUUACGUACACAGAUUAAAAGUUCAACAACAUCGAUGACAUCCGUACCGAAACCAUUGAAAUUUUUGCGACCACAUUAUGAUACAUUGAAAAAUUUGUAUGAAAAAAUGCCGACUGAAGAAACAAAAAAUUUAUUGGCCGAUAUUAUUUCAAUUCUGGCCAUGACUAUUGAUUCUGAAUCACAUAAAACUAAUGGUGAAGCAUUGAAAUUUCGUUUGAUUGGCAGCAAAGUUGAAUCGAUUGGAUCAUGGGGCCAUGAAUAUGUUCGCCAUAUUUCUGGUGAAAUUGCAACCGAAUUUCAAUCUACAGCUGAAUUGGAUGAUGAUUAUAAAGCAAAAUUGCUUAAUUUAGUUGAAGAAAUUAUCCCAUAUAAUAUGCGUCAUAAUGCCGAAGCUGAAGCUUGUGAUUUGUUGAUUGAAAUCGAACGUCUCGAUCUUCUUGACAAAUACAUUGAUAAUGAAGAUUUAUGUCAAAAAGUUUGCCUAUAUUUACGUAGUGUAGUUCCAUUUGUACCGGAUCCGGAUAACACUAAUUUAUUGAAAACAAUCAUGUCAAUCUUUUUGAAAUAUGAUAAACUAACUGAAGCUAUUCGUGUAGCUAUGCAAUUGCAAGAUAUCGAGGCUAUUCAAGAGAUUUUCGAUAAAGCCGAAAAAGAUCCAUCGAUUCAAAAACAAAUUGCUUACAUGAUUGGUCGUCAACAAAUUAUAUUGGAAAUUGAAAACAGUGAUCUGCUGGAUAUUUCAUCCAAUUCACAUUUGAAUACACAUUUUCUAACAUUGGCUCGUGAAUUGGAUAUUAUGGAACCGAAAACACCGGACGAUAUUUAUAAAUCGCAUUUGGAAGCACCGAAUCGAUUGUAUAGUACUAGUGUCGAUUCUGCACGUUAUAAUUUGGCAUCAUCGUUCGUAAAUGGUUUCGUUAAUUCUGCAUUCGGCAAAGAUAAAGUCCUGUUGAAUGAUGAAGGCAAUAAAUGGCUUUACAAAAACAAGGAUUUGGGCAUGUUUAGCGCUACCGGUUCAUUGGGUUUGAUUCUAUUGUGGGACGUAGACGGUGGUUUAGCUCAAAUUGAUAAAUAUCUUUAUUCAAAAGAAGAUAAUAUUAAAGCUGGUGCUUUGUUAGCUUGUGGUAUUGUCAAUAGUGGUGUACGUAAUGAUUGUGAUCCUGCAUUGGCUUUGUUGGCUGAUUAUGUGACAAACAGCUCGAAUACGAUCCAAAUUGGUGCCAUUCUUGGUCUUGGUUUGGCAUAUGCUGGCAGUAAUCGUGCAGAUUUAAUUUCAUUGCUUACACCGGUUUUAUUCGAAAAAGCUUCAAUAGAAGUGAUUGGUGUCACCGCAUUAGCCUGUGGUUUAAUUGCAGUUGGUUCUGGAAAUAGUGAAGUAACAUCGAAUAUCAUUCAAGUAUUGAUUGAAAAAUCCGAUGUUGAUGUCAAAGAUUAUUUUGCACGAUUCUUACCAUUCGCAUUGGGUCUUUGCAUUCUUGGCAAACAAAACAGUAGUGAAGCCAUUAUCGAAGCAUUGGAAGUGAUCCAAAAUCAACAAUUCAAAACAAUGGCCAAAACAAUAGUGGAAGUGUGUGCUUAUGCUGCCACUGGAAAUGUAUUGAAAAUUCAAUCUUUAUUGCAUAUUUGUUCAAACAGUAAAUCCGAAGAUGGUGGUGAUGAUCAAAGUGGUUCCAGUGCCGAACAAUCAACAACAUCAUCGACCUCGUCAUCUUCAAGUUCCAGUAGCAGCAGCAGCAGCAAUAGUAGCAGUAGCUCAAGUUCAAAAUCAUCAUCAUCUAGAAAGAGUAGUUCAUACUCCAAAAGUAAUAGUUCCGAUAGUAAUUCAUCGAGCUCUGAAUUCAAUAUUCAACAAGCAAUUGCUACCAUUGGUAUUGGUUUGAUUGCUAUGUCUGAAGAUAUUAGCUGCGAAAUGGCUUUCCGAACAUUUGGUCAUUUAUUGCGUUACGGUGAUUCAAUGGUUAAACGAUCGGUUCCAUUGGCCUUAGCAUUGACAUCUAUAUCCAAUCCUAAAUUGAAUCUUCUCGAAACGUUGAGCAAAUUUAGCCAUGAUUCUGAUUCUGAAGUUGCUUGUAAUGCUAUUUUUGCCAUGGGUUUAAUUGGUGCUGGAACGAAUAAUGCACGAUUAGCCACUAUGCUUCGUCAAUUGGCCCAAUAUCAUGUUAAAGAACCGAAUUGUUUAUUCAUGGUUCGAUUGGCACAAGGUCUUACUCAUUUGGGCAAAGGAACGUUGACAUUAUCACCUUUCCAUUCGGAUCGUCAACUUUUGUUGCCAACUGCUUUAGCUGGAUUGUUGGUGGUUUUGAUCAGCUUAAUCGAUCCAAAAUAUACGAUUCUUAAAGCACAUUAUUUGAUCUACUUUUUGGUGCCAGCCAUACAGCCACGAAUGUUGAUAACAUUCGAUGAACAAUUGAAUCCAUUGCCAGUACCGGUUCGUGUUGGUCAAGCUGUCGAUGUUGUUGGACAAGCAGGAAAACCGAAAACAAUUACUGGAUUUCAAACACAUACAACACCGGUUUUGUUAUCAAUUGGUGAACGUGCCGAAUUGGCCACCGAAGAAUAUACACCAUUAACACCGAUACUUGAAGGUUUUGUCAUUCUACGUAAAAAUCCAAAUUAUGUUUCUUAAUCAAUUUUAAGACACAUUAUUAUAAUAUGAUAAAAUAUGUGUGUACAUAUUGAAUGAUGAA